CAGUUCCGCGUUAGGGGUGGAGGUUCAUUCUCCACGCCCACCCAUUCCACUCUUCUAUAACCCGGAUAUCUCGACUUGUUGCUGCACCACUCUUUGUCAGUCUGCACGCAAACAGGCAUCCCAGCAUUCCCAGUAAUUCUCAUUGUAACCAUGGCAGCGAUUGGAUCACGUGGAACAGUAACGCAGUACGCAAAAUUUAAUGCAGAUGAAGAUGCUAAAAAGCUGCGGGCAGCAAUGAAGGGUGCAGGUACUGAUGAAGCUGCCGUAAUUGAUAUUAUUGCGCACAGGACCAUUGCCCAGCGCCAGCUCAUCAAACAGGCUUUUAAAGCAUCCUUUGGAAAGGAGUUGGCUGAUGAAAUGAAGUCUGAACUGACUGGGCAUUUUGAAAAGGUGGUGCUGGGAUUGUUGAUGCCUGCUCCAGUGUAUGAUGCCCAUGAACUUCACAGUGCGAUAAAGGGCCUGGGUACUGAUGAAGCCUGUCUGAUUGAAAUCCUUGCCUCUAGAGAUAAUCAGCAGAUCAGGGAAAUUAAAGCUACUUACAAGAAGGAGUUUGGCAAGGACCUUGAAGAUGAUAUCUGCUCAGACACCUCUGGGAUGUUUCAAAGAGUUCUAGUCUCCCUUCUUACGGCAAAUCGAGAUGAAAGUGAAAACAUGGAUGCUUCAAAGGCCAAAGAGGAUGCCAAGGCUAUUUUUGAUGCCGGUGAAGCACGCUGGGGCACAGAUGAAGUGACUUUCCUGACAAUUCUUUGCACCAGAAACAAAAGACAACUAGUAAAAGUUUUUGAGGACUACCAAAAGAUUUCCAACCGGGACAUUGAAGAGAGCAUCAAAAGGGAGAUGUCUGGCAAUCUGGAAGAUGUGUUCCUUGCAAUUGUGAGAAGCAUUAGGAACAAGCCUGCCUACUUUGCAGAACGUCUUUACAAAUCUAUGAAGGGCCUGGGAACCACUGACAGUAUCCUUGUUAGAGUCAUGGUGUCUCGCUGUGAAGUCGACAUGCUCGACAUUAAGGCACAAUUUUUGAAGAUGUAUGGAAAAACACUUUUCUCAUUUAUCAAGGGUGAUUGCUCAGGAGACUAUCGAAACAUUCUGCUGGCACUUUGUGGUGGAGACAACUAA